AGGAGUGCUGAUCAUUUCAUUCCCUGUAAACACUGUCACACUCUAUAAAACUCAUCACAUUUCCUUCUCUCACAAAAAAAGAAAAACCUUUCCUUCCCCAAAAGAAAAAAAAAUGGAGAAACCCGUUGUGCAACCAUGGAGACCGGAGCUGAUACCGGUGCCGGUUCCGGCACCGUUUAGGCCACCGGAGACGCCGUUGGAACCAAUGGAGUUCUUGUCACGUUCAUGGAGUGUUUCAGCUUUGGAAGUUUCAAGGGCUUUAGCUCCUUCUCAGCCUCAUCCUUCCUCAUCGUCCCAUCAAAUGUGCUUGAAAGGUUCUUCUUCAAGUGGUAAUGUCGUUAUACAAGAAGACAUAGCCGGUGAACUUGAAGAAAACGGGAUAGUUUCAGGCAACCCUUUCUCUUUCGCUUCAUCUGAAACUUCCCAGAUGGUCCUUGAAAGAAUCAUGUCACAAUCGCAAGAAGUAUCUCCAAGAACAUCCGGCAGGUUAUCUCAUAGUAGUGGACCAUUAACAGAUAGCCCCCCUGUUUCACCUUCUGAGAUUGAUGAUGUUAAGCAAUUUUGCCGCGCUAGUAAUUCCCUCAACAUGCAGUACCGUACAAACACGGGGAUAGGGGCGGCUACUCCUGCGACAACUGCCGUGACGGGUGGUGGGAAGACAGUGGGCCGAUGGUUGAAGGAUAGAAGAGAGAAGAAGAAGGAAGAAACGCGGGCUCAGAACGCUCAGCUACAUGCAGCCAUUUCUGUUGCCGGGGUAGCGGCAGCCGUGGCAGCUUACGCGGCAGCCACUGCUGCUUCCUCAAGUGCUGGGAAAGAUGAGCAGAGGGCAAAGACGGACAUGGCUGUGGCAUCGGCUGCCACUCUUGUUGCUGCACAAUGCGUGGAGACAGCUGAAGCCAUGGGAGCCGAGCGUGAUCAUUUGACCUCCGUCAUCAGCUCCGCCGUCAAUGUCCGGUCUGCCGGAGAUAUCAUGACCUUAACUGCUGGUGCAGCAACAGCAUUACGAGGGGCAGCCACAUUGAAGGCAAGGGCAUUGAAAGAGGUAUGGAACAUAGCAGCUGUAAUCCCUGUUGAAAAUAAUAAAAAUGGUGGCAAUGGCAGCAAUGGGAGCUCCAAUGGCAGCUUUAGUGGUGAGCUUCUCCCUGAAGAGAAUUUCUUGGGAAUCUGCAGCAGAGAAUUGCUUGCCAGAGGCUGUGAGCUUCUCAAGCGCACGAGAAAAGGUGAUCUUCACUGGAAAAUUGUCUCUGUUUAUAUCAACAGAAUGAACCAGGUUAUGUUAAAGAUGAAGAGUAGACAUGUUGCUGGGACCAUCACAAAAAAGAAAAAGAAUGUUGUCUUGGAGGUGAUUAAAGAUAUGCCAGCAUGGCCCGGCCGCCACUUGCUCGAAGGCGGGGAAAACCGGAGAUACUUCGGGUUAAAGACGGUUAUGCGUGGGGUCGUAGAGUUCGAGUGCAAGAGCCAAAGAGAGUAUGAUAUUUGGACUCAAGGUGUAUCAAGGCUGCUAUCCAUUGCUGCUGAGAAGAACAAUAGAAAUAGGAUUUGAAGCUUUGGGUUCACAUUCAGGGAGUGAAAUUUGACAGGAAGGGUAUACAUAUUUGGGGAAAUUUUAGCCAUUUAGGAUCUCAAAUGCUUUCUUGGAACAUAUUUGAUAUUUGGGGUUGUUUAAUAUUGUAUAAAGUUGGAAAUUAAAGGGAAAAAAAAAGUUAUCCUAA